AUCCUCUCUUCUCUCCACUCUUCAUUUUUCUCCUUUCUUCCAUCCCAUCCAACAUGUUCCGCACCAUCCGAUCAGCCUCGGCAAUGGCCAAGGCCUUGCCCCGCGUUAACCCUGCUGUUCAACAGCAGAAGCGCUUCUUGUCCAUCCACGAGUACAUGUCUAUGGAACUUCUCCAGAAGCAGGGGAUCAAGACUCCCCGCGGUGGUGUUGCUAAGUCAGGCGCUGAGGCCUAUAAGGUUGCUGAGAGCCUCGGAACUGAGGACAUGGUUAUCAAGGCUCAAGUUUUGGCUGGUGGUCGUGGCAAGGGUACCUUCGACUCUGGCUUGAAGGGAGGUGUCCGUACUAUCUUCUCCCCUACUGAGGCCAAAAUGUUCGCUGACCAAAUGCUUGGCCACAAGCUUGUUACCAAGCAGACAGGUGCUGCUGGUAAGAUCUGUAACGCGGUCUAUAUUUGUGAGCGCAAGUACGUCCGUCGCGAGUACUACUUUGCCGUCUUGAUGGACCGCAAGUCUCAGGGUCCCGUCAUGGUUGCCUCAUCCCAAGGUGGUGUUGACAUUGAGUCUGUCGCUGCUGAGAACCCUGAGGCUAUUCUCCAGUUGCCCAUUGAUAUCAACAAGGGCGUUGACCGCGCCGCCGUCCGUGACCUUGCUGAGCGUAUGGGAUUCACUCCCAAGUGCGUCGAUCAAGCCACCGAUACCAUGAUCAAUCUCUACGAUCUCUUCAUGCAGAAGGAUGCCACUAUGGUUGAGAUCAACCCAAUGGCCGAGUCCUCUGAUCAUGAAGUCAUCUGCAUGGAUGCCAAGAUCAACUUUGAUGACAAUGCUGAGUUCCGCCAGAAGGAAGUACACGGCCUUCGAGAUGUCACACAGGAGGAUCCUCGUGAAGUCGCAGCUGCCAAGUACAACUUGAACUACAUUGGAUUGGAUGGAUCCAUUGGAUGCCUCGUCAACGGAGCUGGUUUGGCCAUGUCGACCAUGGAUAUCAUCAAGUUGCACGGCGGUGAACCUGCCAACUUCUUGGAUGUCGGUGGUGGAGCUACUGCUGAGCAGGUCACUGAGGCCUUCAAGAUUAUCUCCUCGGACCCACGUGUGACCACUAUCUUUACCAACAUUUUCGGAGGUAUCAUGUCUUGCCGUGUUAUUGCCCAAGGUAUUAUUGCUGCUGCCUCGACUCUUCAGCUUCAGAUCCCUCUUGUAGUCCGACUCCAGGGUACUGAGGUCGAUGAGGCCAAGAAGCUAAUUGCUGAGUCUGGUCUUCGUAUCAUCACUUCAGAUGACUUGGAUGAUGCUGCCAGCAAAUCAGUCAAAUUGAGCAAGAUGGUCAACAUGGCUCGUGAAGCUAAGCUUAAUGUUAGCUUCGAGUUGCCUUUGUAAAGAAAAAAAGAA